AUGGACUCGACAUCAUCUCUUGAUCGAGAAACCCGUAACGAUGAUGAGAGUAACCUUCAAACUCCGGAUAGCAACAGAGGCAAAAGGAAAGAAUGUGGCGAGAGUCCUGAACGAUCUAAAGUGACGUCUCAACCAUCUAAAGUGAAGCGGCUCCUCCCAACAAGAUCAGAAGUGUGGGAUCAUUAUACAAGAACUAAGGAGGACAGAGACAGGUGUUUAUGCAACUAUUGCCAGAAGGAAUACUCGUGUCUCACCACAUCAGGAACCACAAACCUGAAGAAGCAUCUUGAAAUUUGCAAAAACCAUCAAGCGUGGUUAGCUAGCAAAAAAGAGAAACAAAAAGGUAUCGCUGAGGAUGGAAAGCUCAAGACGUGUAAACUCACUGAAACUGUGUUUCGAGAAGCAACAAAUGAGAUGAUUCUGUUGGGACAAUUGCCUUUAGCAUUUGUUGAUAGUGUGGCAUGGAAGCAUUUCUGUAAAAAGGCAAUGCUAGGGUACACUCCUCAUUCAAGAAGGACUUUAACUAAAGACAUCGUAAAGAUGUAUGUGGAGAAGAAAGAGGCAUUGAAAAGAUGGUUCUUAUGCAAUAAGCAACGUGUAUCCAUCACUACAGAUAUUUGGGUUUCACAAACAACAGGUGCUAGUUACAUGGUCAUCACGGUGCAUUACAUUGAUGCUUUAUGGCGCUUGAAGAAACUGAUCAUAGGAUUCAAACACAUCACGGAUCACAAAGGUCAGACAAUUGCAACUGUUUUGCUAGACUGCUUGGCUGAAUGGGGAAUUCGUAAGGUUUUUUGCAUAACCGUUGACAAUGCUACUGCUAAUAAUUCAGCGUUAAGGAAGUUUCACACUGCAUUUGCAUUAGUGUCUGAUCAGUCUCUUGUCUUAGAUGGUGAGUUCUUGCACAUGAGAUGUAGUGCUCAUAUCAUAAACUUGAUUGUGAGGGACGGAAUGGCAGAAAUAGAUCAGACUGUAGCUGCUAUCCGUAAUGGUAUCUCGUAUGUUAGAUCACAUACAAAUAUGUUGAGGUCUUUUGAGCUGAAGGUUGACUCGGGUAAGAUGACAAGAGGAAGCUUGCCUCUGGAUGUCAAGACAAGGUGGAAUUCAACGUAUCUGAUGUUGUCAACAGCUCUGAAAUUCAAGGUGGCAUUUGACAAGAUGGAGGGAGAAGACAUGUUGUACAACGACUACUUCAGUGAGUUGGAGAACGGUUCUAAAAGGGUUGGUCCUCCUCAGCAUAAGGAUUGGGAUGCAGUUGAGAAAUUGUGUCGGUUUCUUCUCAUAUUUUACAACUCAACACUGGUGGUCUCAGCUUCAACUUCUCUUAAUGCGCAUAAGUGUUAUGGUGAGAUAGUAACCAUUGCUGCAAAUCUGAUGGAACUCAUCACGAACUAUGAUCCUGAGUUGAGUUCGAAGGCAACAGAAAUGUUCAAAAAGUUUGACAAGUAUUGGGAUGGGCUCAAGAAUAUGAACAAGAUGUUGAUGGUUGCCACUGUCUUUGAUCCCACCAAGAAGUUGGAGCUUGCGAAGAUGUGCUUUGAGGAAUUGUAUGGGCUAGACACUGUCGAGUACAAGGAGGUGUACGAGUCUUUGAUAAGUGUCUUGAGAAGUUUGUUCAAAGAGUAA